AUGCAAAUCCAAACCCUCCUCUUGACCCUCACCCUCCUGUUCACGCCUCUCGUCUCAGCCGUAGGCUCCGCCAUCGUCAAGAACAACUGCAAAUUCCCCGUCUAUCUCUGGUCCGUCGGCGGAUCCGUCGGACCCAAGAAGACGAUCCAGCCGGGAGCCUCCUACAGCGAGCAAUUCCGUCACGAUGCCACGUCUGGCGGCGUGACGCUGAAGAUUACCAAGGCCAACGACGGCAUCUACAACGGUAGCCCGCAGUUGAGCUACGCGUACACCCUGGACGGAAACCAGCUGUGGUACGACCUCAGCAAUGUCUUUGGAGACCCGUUCGCGGGUAACCCCUUGGUCGUGAAGCCUAAGGAUACUGGUUGCUCGAACAUCUGCUGGCCUCAGGGUACUCGGCCCGCUGGUAGCCAGGUGAAGGUUUGCUCGGCCAACUCGGAUGAGACUUUGACGCUUUGCGCGGCGGGUUGUUAA